AUGUUAUCUAUCUAUCUAUCUAUCUAUUUAUUUAUCUAUCUAUCUUUUUCUGUUUAUUUCUUUGUUGUUCACUAUCUACCUAUCUUACCAGCUAGUAUCUAUCAAUCUGUGUUUCUAUCUAUCUAUCUUUGUUUAUAUCUUAGUUUAUUCACUAUCUACCUAUCUGUUCAUACCUAUCUACCUAUUUAUAUCUGUUCAUACCUAUCUAUCAAUGUAUCUAUCUACCUUAGUCUGUUAAUAUCUAUCUAUCUGUCUAUCUAUCUACUAUCUAUCUAUCUCAAUCUACUUGUUGUCAUUGUUUCGCCGCGUCUUGUAAUGAUUUUGGCGCGAAAAGACUUGUAUCUCAUUUACUUGCCUCGAACUGUGAUCCAUCUCGAGAUGCGGUUUGAUGAUUUCGCUGUCAUCCCGUCCAUUGAUAAACGUCUUUCUCGCUUUCUCUCGCAACUACUUCCCAUUGAAACGUGA